AUUUCUUAUGUGUAUAAAGUAUCGUUCCAGUAACGUUCCCGGAAGGUUUCUAAGUUAACCCAGCUAGCACAAUCAUCUGGCCCAGUUCCCACUUUUCUAUCGGCACAGUCGGCCGAGUGUCAGAAUCGGCCAGAAUCAAUGUAGCCAGAUCCGGCCCAGUUGUUACCACAGCUGGGUUUGGCUGGUGCUCGUAGAAACGCGUGCGCGCCGACGCUGGUUGUCCGGCUGUGGCCCAGCGUCCAGUCUCUGAUUCAGCGGCGGCAGAACGAGCGUCACCAUAGCAACAGUGCGACGCGAGCCGUUGAAGAAGAGGAAUCGUUCGUUCGUGUGAGCGGCGACAAGAUGGCGGCGGGCAGCAGAGCGAAGUGAGGAUGUCAACAUUGCAUUUCUCCACCAGAAACGAGAUGUGACGCUUUGACUCUUCACGUCAUCAGUACAGUCGGGGUGUAAUUAUCUCAAACUUAAACGCACUGCACAAUAAUAGCAGCCUGGAGGGAGUUUUUACCCUGAAUUCAGAGUAAAGCAGUGGGUGAGAGUUGUUUUGAUGUACUUAAGCUAACAGCUCUGCGGCUGUAUGCAGCAUCAGUAAACCUGUGAGGAACUUUGAACAGCGGACCGUUACUUUACCGUCAUGAUGAUCUGAUCACUGCACAAUGACUCACAUCUCCCGUUACUUUGCACGGAAUGUCUACUGUUUGCUGUAGCGUGUUUGCUGUUUGAGAUCGGACCUGCACACUCAGCUGAUGCUGUUCACAUCCUUCAACCUGUGAGGAUCAGAAAUACAAUCUGAACCUGAUCAGACAGAAGUAUUAAAGAUCAUGGCACACUCACCGGUUCAGGGCAGUUUACCGGGCAUGCAGAGUUUGAAAGCAGAUCCAGAGCAGCUGUUCACCAAGCUGGAACGCAUCGGCAAGGGCUCAUUUGGUGAGGUCUUCAAAGGCAUUGACAAUCGCACACAGAAGGUGGUGGCCAUCAAGAUCAUUGACCUGGAGGAAGCAGAGGAUGAGAUCGAGGACAUCCAGCAGGAGAUCACAGUGUUAAGCCAGUGCGACAGCCCCUUUGUCACCAAGUACUAUGGCUCCUACCUGAAAGGUACAAAGCUAUGGAUCAUUAUGGAGUAUCUGGGUGGAGGAUCGGCACUGGAUUUGCUGGAACCUGGCGCUCUGGACGAGGCACAAAUCGCCACCAUUCUUAGAGAGAUCCUGAAGGGUCUGGAGUACCUGCACUCCGAGAAGAAAAUCCACCGAGAUAUUAAAGCGGCCAACGUGCUACUGUCCGAACAGGGUGAGGUGAAGUUGGCAGACUUUGGCGUGGCGGGGCAGCUGACGGAUACGCAGAUCAAACGGAAUACGUUUGUAGGCACGCCUUUCUGGAUGGCACCAGAGGUCAUCAAACAGUCUGCCUAUGAUUCAAAGGCUGAUAUCUGGUCUUUGGGGAUCACAGCCAUUGAGCUGGCGAAAGGUGAGCCGCCCCACUCGGACCUUCACCCCAUGAAAGUGCUCUUUCUAAUUCCGAAAAACAACCCACCUACACUGGAAGGCAACUACAGCAAACCGCUGAAGGAGUUUGUGGAAGCUUGCUUGAACAAGGAGCCAAGUUUUAGACCCACAGCCAAAGAGCUGCUGAAGCACAAGCUGAUCGUGCGGCAUGCUAAGAGGACGUCCUAUUUAACUGAGCUCAUAGACAGAUACAAGCAUUGGAAGGCUGAGCAGUGCAGGGAAGAGUCCAGCUCCGAUGAUUCAGACUCAGAAGCAGAUGGACAGGCAUCUGGUGGAAAUGACUUCAACAAUGAUGCGUGGAUCUUCACCAUUCGAGAAAAAGACCCCAAAAAGCUGCAGAAUGGGGCCAGUGUAGCAGGAGAAAGGGAUGCUACUAAGAUGUCACAAAGCCUGACCACCAUUAUCACUCCAGUAUUAACAGAGCUGAAGGAAAGGGACUCUGAGGCCGCUGUAAAGCCAGAUGUAAUAGACGAUUUGGGAAAGGCCAUUUUCCUUGCUGAGGAGGCGUAUCCAGGGAUCUCUGAUGCCAUGGUGUCCAAUCUCAUACAGAGACUACAACGGUUCUCCAGGACUUCUUCCUCUUCUCCUCAGUGAUUGGUAUGCAGUCGCACCGCAGCCCUUUCCUCAGCAUCGGUUCAGCUAAUCCCAGCACCAGCAUCCUCUGUGACGUCUAUCCUGGAGCACAGGGGUGUAGCUUCUUCUAGCUCUCUUUGAACAAAGCUUAGCAGUGACUAAAGAGCAGCCUUGGUGUGUGGAGCAGGCCCAAAAAGCAGAAGUACAGUGUGCAUGGCUCCGAGCAGCAUGUAUGCAUGUGUGAAUAGAUGUCUGUGUGUGUGUGUGUGUGUGUGUGUGUGUGUGUGUGUGUGUGUGUGUGUGUGUGUGUGUGUGUGUGUGUGUGUGUGUGUGAGAGUGAGGGAUGAGUGUGUGUCUGUAUCUGAAGCCUCAUGCAAAUAGAGAUUGCAGUAGCGUUACUGAAAUCUUGGGCAGAUGGGAUCGAUUGCAGAGAGCAAGCACUAGCUUUUAAUGUACAGAUGUUUAUAUAGUCUUAGUUUUACACAUUCAAAGUGUGAAUUUUUGCAAAUGAUCAUUGUAAAAAAGUGAAGGUAAAUAUUUAAUGAAACCAUACUUCUCAGAUAGUCAUUACUGAGUUUGCCUUGCUUUUGUACAUUGUUCAAUUUGGGAAUACUGUUAAUCUUAUGAUAAGAGUUUUACUCAUAAAUG